CCCCCUCAACCUGGGCGCUUACGAUAUUACCGCCUACACGAUGCCACCUACUUCUCCAUCAGCUACCCUAUACGCACUUGCUUCGUCCGUCGAUCUUUUCUGGGUAUGGAUCCGCUCAGCGUCGCAGCCAGCAUCAUCUCAGUUCUCCAGCUCUCGGGCAAGGUCCUUGGAUAUCUCAACGACGUCAAAGAUGCUUCGAAAGAUCGUGCAAAGUGCGCGGUUGAGGCCUCAAACUUACAUAGUCUCCUUCUUAAUCUGAGGUUUCGUCUUGAAGAGGGAAGUGCCGAUCCACAGUGGUACACCGCUGUCCGAGCCCUGGGAGUCGAGAAUGGACCGCUUGACCAGUUCAAGCAAGCGCUGGAAGCACUCCAGAUUCAGAUGAUAGGUGGAGGUCAAUUACAACAGGCAGGUAAAGCGCUAGUAUGGAAGUUCAAGAAGGAAGAAAUCGCUGGUAUAUUAGUCCGAAUUGAGCGUUUAAAAGCGCUUGUGGGGAUUGCGUUACAGAUGGACCACUUUAAAUUGUCCCAAGCUAUUAAAGAUGAUACCAAUAUCCUUCGAUUACACGUGCCCGCAAUACAUGCUGGAGUAGACAAGAUCCAGCAAGAACAAGUCGACGCAAAGCACAUCAAGAUGGUAGAAUGGAUCUCGCCUACUGAAUACCCCGCCCAGCAAUCCGACAUCAUAGGUCGCAGACAGGAGGGAACGGGCCAGUGGUUUCUCGACGCACCCGAGUUCACAAGGUGGAUCGGUGUCCCGAGGGGGGCUCUCUUCUGCCCAGGGAUCCCUGGCGCCGGCAAGACAAUGGUGGCAGCGAUCGCGAUUGACCACCUCCUAAAUUCUGCGCAGAGUAGUUCGGUCGGAGUUGCGUAUGUGUACUGCAACUAUAAAGUACAAGCAGAGCAGGAUGCCUCUAGUAUGCUAGCAGCUAUCGCUAAGCAGCUAUUGCAGGGUCGACCGUCGAUGGUAGAGCCUGUAGAACGACUACACAAGCAGCAUACGAACCGAGGUACGAAGCCAUCACCUGAGGAGAUCUUUGGCGCCCUCAGAGAAAUAGUCGCAAAGUAUUCUACUGUCUAUAUUGUGGUCGAUGCUCUAGAUGAGUGUCGAGGCAACGACGGUAAUCAUCACCUAUUUCUGGCCAAACUCCGAAGCUUGCAAGCGGGACAUGAUGUCCGCCUUCUGGCUACCUCGCGGUUCAUACCAGAGAUCGAAGUCGAAUUUAAACAGACAGAGAGGCUUGAAGUUCGGGCUAGCAAUGAAGAUGUAAGGCGAUUUGUGGUUGGCCAGAUGUACCGACUGCCUAAAUGCAUUCAACGUGACCGUACGCUGCAGAAAAUGGUGGAAGAGGAGAUUCCAGAGAGAGUAGACGGCAUGUUUCUUUUAGCUCGCCUACACAUCGAUUCUUUGUCAGACAAGACGACCCCAAAAAAAAUCAAGACAACGCUAGCUAACCUCUCGAAAGGCUCAGCUGCGCUUGACGAUGCAUACAAAGACGCUUUGCAGAGAAUUGAGAGCCAGUUGGACGGCCACCGCGAACUGGCCCAAAAGGUCCUGUCGUGGAUUACGUACGCAAAGAGGCCACUUACUACAGCUGAGUUAUGCUGUGCCCUAGCGGUGGAGCCUAAGGAACCGGAGCUCGAUUCCGACAACCUACCUGACUUCGAAGAUCUGGUAUCCGUGUGUGCUGGCCUUGUCGUCGUGGAUCGGGAAAGUGCUGUUAUCCGGCUCGUGCAUUAUACUACGCAAGAGUAUUUUGAGCGUGUUAGAGACAUGUGGAAUCCCGAUGCUCGGGUGCAGAUAGCCUCAACAUGCCUCACCUAUCUAUCGUUCGAUCUUUUCAAGACAGGAAGCUGCUCCUCAGACAAGGAUUUCAAAGAGCGGCUUCAACAAAGCAAGUUCUUAGACUAUGCAGCGAAACAUUGGGGUGAGCAUGUUGCGAAGGUGGAGAGCGACACGUGCGAGCUAGCCUAUUCUUUCCUUUCUAAUAGCUGCUUAGUUUCGAGCGCUACGCAGGUGCUCUUGGUUCCAACGUAUACAUACAGCGGUCAUAGCCAGGAAUAUCCCAAGGCCAGCACAGGAGCACAUCUUGCAGCGCGGUUUGGAUUAUCACGUAUCCUAGAGGCUCUGCUCUUACUUGAAGGACAAGAGAGAGAAGCUAAUUUAACAAAGAAGGAUAGUGGAGGUCACACUUUACUUUACCUCGCAGCAGCAAACGGACAUUGUAUAACAGCAGAACUACUAAUUGACAAGGGCGCCGAGGUCAACACUCAGGGUGGAUACUACGGCAACACGCUUCAGGCGGCUUCAAUGGGAGGCCAUGAG